AUGACCAGUGUGCCCAGCCAUCUGGCCGCCGCGUUUGCCGGCCCAUUGAUUCUCCUAUGGUGGUCGCUCGCCGAGAUAUCGGCGCAAGGUGGAGGCGGCAUCAACCUCAACCUCUUCCUCGAGGAGAACGCGCUCGAACACCACACGGAGCCUUUCAAGAUACUCCGUGGCAACGCGCCUUCGCUCGUGGUCAGACGAGGGUUCGCCUUCAAACUCGGCGUCGGCGCUGUCGCAUCGAACGUCGUCAUCAUCCUCACUCUAGGCGACAAUCCGCAACACGGCGAUGGCAGCCUGGUGCAGCUUCCGGUGCCCGGUGACCCGCAAUCUGUGUCCACCUAUCCAGCAGCCGGCCAGGCCCGAUGGCUGCUGGCGCUUUUGCAUCAGGAAGGCCCGAUGCGCCUGCUUCGCCUCGAGAUUCCCGUCACGGCCGGCGUAGGCCGCUGGAUACUCACCAUAUCUGGCGACGGACAGCAGUUUCGGGCCAGAGAAUCCAUCUACAUCCUUUUCAAUCCCUGGCACAAUGGAGACCUCGUGUUUAUGGAAAACGACCAGGCGCGGAGCUUCUACGUGAUGCAAGAUAGAGGACUUAUAUACCAUGGGCAGGCGGAAAGGCCCGAUCCCAAGGAAUGGUACUACGGGCAGGUAAAUUCCAAGGACAACAACGGUGUGGUCCAAGGAAAAUGGAACCCGCCGUAUUCUGACGGCGUCCACCCUUACGCCUGGAGCUCGUCCUCCGCCAUCCUCAACCAAUACAUCGAGAUGGGCGGAAACACGGUACACUACGGCCAGUGCUUCACCUUCGCCGCUGUCCUCAAUACCCUUCUCCGUGCCUUGGGAAUACCGUCCAGGGUCGUGACAAACUUUCCGUCGGUCCACACGGACGUCGGCGGCCAGGUGCUAGACAUAAGGUUCGCGCACGACGGAGCUAAGCCGCACGUUAGCGGCAGCAUUUGGAACUACCACGUUUGGAAUGAAGGGUGGAUGAGGAGACCGGACCUACCGGCUGGCUAUGACGGUUGGCAAGUGCUUGAUGGAACUCCGCAAGGACUCAGUAUUCAGUCUCAGCUGUUCGAGGUGGGCCCCUUCCCUGUGCGUGGUGUGUUCGACGACAAGAUCGACAUGCCUUUCGAUGGCAACGUGGCACGUGCUGCCGUCAAGGCCACCUUUCGCUACUUCAUCGCUGACCCCAAUAACCCUUCCGGAUGGCGACUCGUCAAAGUGCAAGAAAACGAGUGCGGCAAGCUUAUCGUCACCGAGGCACUAGGAACAGGGAUGAUCGAAGACAUCACUUAUAACUACAAACGGCGACCCAUGCCCAUGGCACGCCACGCCAAGGAGGAACUGGUGAAAGUGAAGCUGCAGCACGAAAAGUCGGUGCCGCUGGGCCAGCCUAUCGCCGUCGCCUGCAUCGUCAUCAACAACUUGGAGAAGCCGUUCCAGGCCCAGCUCACCAUCACCAUCACAUCGGUGACGUACAACGACCGGUUCCCACGGACGGUCUCGACCGAGGUGCACAACGUCACCAUGCCGGCAGGUGCCGUGGGCUAA